ACUGAAAGUAAAAGCUGAUCUGUCGACAUUUUACCAACAUGAUCGCCCGUCAGCACGAAAUUAUUUUUACUACAAUUUAUAGUAGAUAUGAUUGAUUUGUGUAAUUGUGUACGUUUAAAGAUGCACAUCCCUAGCGUUCAUUUUUUGUCAAUACUGCUGAUGAUCGCUGAUGGGUUCACAGUGAAGGGUCCGUCAGGUCCUCUGGUUGUUCCUCUGGGAGGUUCAGUUCUUCUGCCCUGUUCUGUUGAUUCACUCUCAUCACUGGAGGAUCUGGAGGUGGAAUGGAAAAAAUCAGACUCACAGACUCUCAUUCAUCUGUAUCAAGAUGGAGAUAUUAGACCAGAAGUCCAACAUGAGGAUUAUCAUGAUCGAGCUCAUUUCUUCACUGAGAACAUUAAACAUGGAAACUUCUCUCUCCUGAUGAAGAAUGUGACAGUUCAAGAUGAAGGACAAUACACAUGUACAGUUCACAGUGGACAAGAGUCUGGUGAAACUGUGGUGGAAAUUAAAGAUGUUGAGUUUCUGAUGGUUUCAGGAUCAGAUGAGUUGAUAUCAGUGUAUGUUGGUAAAAACGUGACUCUGAACUGCUCUGUGGACUCUCACAUCCCACCUGAACACAUUAAAGAGGUUUCAUGGAAGAAAAGAGUUGAAAAUGAGUAUAUCACAGUUCUGCUCUAUCAAAACAAAGAAACUCUAUUAGAUUCAUCAGAUGAGCGAUACAGAGACAGAGUCGAGUUCUUCAGUGAUGAAAUCCACAGAGGAAACUUCUCUCUCAGACUGAAGAGAGUCAGAACUGAAGAUAAAGGACUUUACAUGUGUCAAGUGUUUGCUGGACAUCUCUCAGAAAACACCACGGUAAUACUGGAACAACUGGGUUUCUCUGCCUUACACAUAAUGGUGUUGAUUCUGUGUAUUGCUGCAUGUGGGUGUGCUGUUAUAAUCUGCUGUCUGAUUUACUGCACAUCACAAAACACAGAAAAACCUGUCAAGACUCUUGGAUAUUUGUAUGUGUUUCUUCCAAAUAUUAUUAUGUUUGUGGCUUUUGUCCUGUGGGGUGUGACAGAAGGAUUUCUGUAUGAGACGAUCUUGUGCUGUGCUCUUUGUCUUCUGAGGCCUCUGAUGUUGAUUUAUGUUGCACCAUAUUCAGAGAAAGCGUCAGGUCUAACCGUUCUAACUGAAUUAGUCAUGUUUACAGUAGUUUAUUUUUCAGUUCUUUUUAGACAUACUUGGGAAACAGUUGUACAUUUUGCUACGUUUGACAAAGCUGUUGUAAUAGUCGUGUUUGGACUGGUGCUCCUGCUCUGUGCCAUCGCUGUCGUAUUAUGGACGUGUGAAGUAGAAAAAGGUGCUGCAUUUAUACUGUUUUUUCUGCCUACACUACAAUUCACCCUCUUAUUCUUCACUUUUGGAUCUGCAAGCAGAGCAGGUUUUUUUGUCAUUGUACUUUUCCCAAUGUUCUUUUUUCUGACAUGGUCCUGUUUGUUUGACAUUGAGGGGGGAAAGAAAAGCUGUGUAAAUUUGCUCAAUAUUACUUCAUGGUUGAUCUUCAUGUUAAUAAUGAAUGCAGUUAUAGCUUAUUUCUAUGUUACAUCAAUGGAAAAUGAAAAAGAUGUUGCUGGAUGGACCUGCACUGCUGUAUUUCUACAAGUGCUGUGGAUGAUCGCAAUGUACAUAGGACUGCUUGAAGAUCUGGAGGUUCCCUAUAGAACUUUUUUGUAUGUGUUUGGAUCAGUUGGUGUUGUUUUUAUCAUGGCUGUUGCUCUGAUGACUGAACUGAUACUGAAAACAGUUAAUGGUGAUCGUGCUUUGGGGGAUUUGAGAGUCAUUGUUUAUCCAUCUGAAGGCGUGUUUACAUUCACUGUGCUGAUUUUCAUCAUGUUUAAACCCUGGAUAACAAGCUGUCUACAGUGUCGGCAGAAUGUACAAAGGCCUGCUGAUACCUCUGCCAACACACAGCAGCAGAACCAGGAACAUCAGACUGCCGUAGAAGAUCAUGAACUGGAGUCAUUAUCACCGGCCUCAGAGGUCACUCGUGAACAACCUGAAUCAUGAUGAGGGAAGUCAUACUGGACCUGAUUCUGUGAUGCUACGACCUCAUGAUCUUCAGGACUAAAAUCAUUUUAAACCUGAAAUCCUUUCUUACUCGAGCACUAGAUACAAAACUCAAUGACAAAUAGUUUUAAAGAGUCUUACAUUUUGCCGAGUCAGUUUUGAGAGUUUUGCGCAGACCGUGUAGAGUUUAGAUGCAAAACCCUCUAAAACCCACAUCCGUCCAAAAAUGAGAUUAUGUUGUUGAGUAAUGCUCUCCACUCAAAAAAUUGUUUCAAAACCCACUAAAUACCAGACUCUGACCGGUCUGAAAUAUCGGCUAUUGCUGAAAUGUAGGAGCCUGAUAAAAUUUUUUCGUAUAAAAGAAAAGCCAUCGAACGGAUUUAGAGGGUUUUGCAUCUGAUCUCUUCAUAUAUUGUUGUUUUAGUAUUUACUGGUGUGUUAAGAUGCAUGUUUUUAAGGACAUGUAAAGAGUUGUCGCAGGAGGUUUCAAAUCUAUGCAGGUGCUGGUUCGGAGGUUCAGGGUUUAUUUAAUUCAUAUUGCCAGUCCGCAUUGGACCUUGCAUCGCAUUGGAAUGCAAAUCAAUAUUGAGCACAUUUAGUCUUGUUACAGGGAUACAUGGCCAUAGGGAGCACAAAGACCCUUCACUGUGGACCAGUCGAUACAGACAAUAUAGACAAAGUUCCAUAGCCAGGUUUCACCGGCAUCUCUCAUUGAAAACGAAUUGUGUCCAUAUAGCACAACACAACAGAGCCCCUUUCAUAUGCACUGCUUCUAUCUCCACUGACCACUGCCCAUUUCACUUCUAUAAAAAUCUGUCUGCACAUGAGUGGUGAUGAUGGGUUAGGGGUGUUAUAUUAAUAUCAUCAUAUAGUAAAAUCAUAAAUAAACACAUGUAAAUACACCCUGCUGUACCUUAAAAAAGGAAUGAAGUGUAAUCACUUAGGUUUGAAAAUUGUUUGUGUUUUUUGUUUGUAAUUUAUUUAUUGUGUAAUGUAACUGUGCUGCCUUCUCUGAAACUGUAUACAUAUCUUAACAGAUCCAGACAAAAAUAAAAAGAUGCCAAUAGCAUAUUGCUGUA